AUGCUGCUGCCUCUCCUCGCUCUUUUCCUCCUGCCUUUCUGCAUCGCUGCAUCGGCCGAGGCAGACCAUGCACAACUGGUCAAGCUUGCCGCCGCCAACAACGGCGUCAUCAGGCUAGACGAGCACUCGUACCAGCUUCUCACGAAUCCCAAGAGGACGUGGUCUGCGUCCGUCCAGUUCACUGCUUUGGACAAGAGACGGAAAUGCGGGCCUUGCAAGGAGUUCGACCCGAGCUGGAAUGCGGUCGCAAAGGCGUGGUCGAAGGUGUCAGCUGCGGAGCGCAACAGUCACUUCUUCGGGACGGUGGACUUUGACCACGCGAUGACUAUCUUCCAGCAGCUUGGUCUGCAAUCCGCGCCAGUCGUGCAAGUAUGGCCUGCUACCGACGGCCCUCGCCGUCCGGCAAACGGGAGGACCAACCCCAUUGCCCUCGACUUCUCUCAGGGCUUUGACGCCGCACCUCUCGCCGAACAACUCUCGCACUACACGCCGGUCGCCAUCCCCUACAAGGCACCCAUUGACUACUCGCGUAUUGGUAGCGGUCUAUUUGUCCUCCUGUCAUUCGUCGCUGCCCUUCGUUUCAUCUCGCCCAUACUAAAGUCGCGCUGGACAUGGGCCGCCAUCACGGUGCUCACGUCCCUUGUCAUGACUUCCGGCUUCAUGUUCGUGCGCAUCCGCGGCAUGCCGUACACCGGGCCGAAUGGUCAAUGGGUCGCAGGCGGAUACCAGUCGCAGUAUGGCCAGGAGGUCCAAGUCGUCUCCAUGAUCUAUGGCACGCUUGCAGCCGGCUUCCUGAUGCUGACAUUGGUUGUCCCGAGCCAGAUGUCACCCUCGCGUCAGCGCAUGCAGGUCUACUUGUGGACUGGCGUCAUCUUCGUGAUGUACUCCGUCCUCGUCUCCCUCUUCAAAGAGAAGAACAAGGGUUAUCCAUUCAGGCUGCUCUUGUAG